UGAAAAUCUAUGGCGGAAAGAGCAGGAAAGUGAGGGAAAAUUUUAGUGAGCAAGGGAAAAUAGGGGGAAUAUUGCAUAAAAUUUUCUUGAGAUAUUAGGAAAAAGAAACGAUAGAUUGAGGUAGAGAAAAAAAAAAAGGAGAGAAAUGAAGCACAUUUCCAAGAAGCUACACAAAGGCCAUAAUCAAGAGCCUAAUCGGACUAACGGGCCGCCGCUGCGGCCGCCGUCUCCCUCAUGCGCCACCGAUCAUCAACGUCCCAUGUCCGGAAACUCUCCGACGAGUCCCUCCACGUCAUCACCUGCUCCGGCUACUGUUCCGCCGAGCGCCGGGAACGCUGGACUGUGUCGGCAAUUAAUGGUACCGAUUACAUGUUGUCGGAGGAGGAAUUCCAGGUUCAGUUAGCUCUAGCGAUCAGCGCGUCGAAUUCGGAGGAUCAGAUCCGCGCGGCGACUCUGCUGAGCUUGGGCGGCCAUCAUCAGAUGGAUACAGGCAGGGAUAGGGAGGAGGUGCCCCGCAGAGGAUUUAUCGAGACAUUAUUGGGUGAGUGUUCGUCAACUUUCUCCUUACCCAUUUUGAGGUCGAAUUGGAUUCUGGUGGAUUCAAGUUGGAAUGGAUUUUGUAGUGUUGGUGCUGGUGGAUGGAUUGUAGUUAAUGAGCUUACUUAAAGUAGGGGCUUUUGGUCUGUGCCUAUAAGCAAUUUUGAAUUUCUGGUAAUUAGAGCAAGUGACCAUGGAAUUGUGAAGAAAACUGUAACCUUGAGUAUUCUAACAUCUUGCCUUUUUUGUGAGUUAAUCUAGUGGAGAGAGCAUGAGUUGGAGAAAAGGGCUAUGAUUUAAGGAAGUGAUUACUUGGGUUAUGGUACUUAAUCCUUGCUCUUCUGAUAUCUGGCAGUGAUCCAUUUUUGGAUGACGGUAAUUAAUGUGUAAAUGCUGAAGCAUUAAUUUUAAUUGGAUUCAAUAGCAUCAAAUGGGCAUGAAUUGGGUUUGGAUUGCUUAUCAGUGUUGGCAGUUGCUGCUGGUUGGUUUUGGACUGUUAGGGUUCAUGCAAUUUACUCUCAGAUUAGGUAAAAAUGAUGAAAUGCAGCAUCAUGGAGUCUUUCAUGCUAUGAAAUUGUAGUGGAUGAGGUUGAACUAAGGAUUAGUAAUUGUGUUUUGGUGGUUAAACUUUGAGUUUUGUUCUUAACAAAUCAAAUGUAUUUCG